AUGCAGACACACACCCGCUCCAGUGACGCCCGCACUCUUCAGACAGUGACAGCGACUGCGUCAGAGACAGACUCCGUCCGUACCGGAGGCUCCUCUGCCUCCAACUCGCCUUCGCAUAGGUUGCGCCGGUCGAACCUGCCGGCUCCCCUGGCGCCGGAGGUGCUUUCCAGGUCUCUCCCCGUUUCACAGAGGCCCAACGGCGUCUCAUCGUGUCCUGUGAACCGCACCAGCAGGCCUGCACCGGGCGUACCACCUAUGCCGGCUCUUUCGCCCACUGCAUCACCGCUAGCCGCGCAGGGUCGCAGCCCACCGCCACACCUACGGGAAGCGUAUCAGCGCCGAGUCCAUCCUGCAAGCAGCGGCAGAGGUGGAGGUGCGCUGCCACGGCCACCGGCCAGUACACCGAUGCAGGCAAGUCCCUCCUCUGUGGAGGAAAGCAUUGAUGGCAACUACCGUCGUGGCUCCCACCACGCUCGCAGCAGCAUGAACAGCUGCCGCAAUGGUAGCGGUCUUGAGAAAAGCAACAACACCCUGGGCCUCCGUACUCAUGAGCUGACGCAGCCCAUGCCCUCCAUGUCGAGCCGACUGCCGUCGAUGACGCAGCCAAAUAAGCUGUCGACCUCUGCAACAGCCAGCUCCAACAUGUCGAUGACCCAGCCACCGACUCAGCAGCAGUCGGCCUCCACAGCAACCAUGCCGAUGGUGCCGACAUCACCGGCCCGCUUGGUGUCGCAACCAGACGUCACCCUUCUCUCGGUCACCUCUCCGGCGCGCAGGUGCUGCCUGGUGGCGGAGAGCAGUGACCGCAGCGUCGAAACCGCACCAGCGUCAACAGUGCGAAUAUCCUUGCCACCACCACCUUUGCCGCCUGCGCCUGCACCGGCGCUUCGUACGUCCUCGACGUUGGGUGUGACGCCCGCGAGCAACAGCGGCACUCGCGACUCGUCGCAUCAGGGAGAGGCAGAGGCUCGCACCGCUGCUAAAGACGGCAGAAUUAGUACAGAGGCGUCCCUGCGAGGUAAUCCGCGGGUGAGGACGCUCGUGAAUAAUUUGUACCAGAAUGUCAUCACGAUCCAGCCUGAGGAGCCACUGCAGUACCUCGCACAGCUCCGUGCUAGCACAGUGCCGCAAGUGACAUCCACGCAGCUCGUGGCGACCGUCACACAGCGAGGAGAAGUGAAGCGGGCGCUAAGGCAGCAAUCCCGCACGGUACCGCAGUCACGGCAGCUUUUGGACAGAGGAAACGGCAGUACCCACCAACCAGAUUCACACUUGGCUGCGGAAGCUAGCACCUCGAGCGCGUCAGUUUCGGCAGAGCUGCGUCGCGAUAGUAGCGAGACGAGCAAUAGUGACGGCGGCCAGACACGAGCAGGGUCAGUGCAGCUAACACCCCAGCAACCUGCGAGUGCUGCCUCUCGCGUAGGCGAGGUUGACCUCACGGGCAGCUUGAGCAGCGGUGCCGCCAACCGUUCAGUCUCGUUGACAGCACCUGAUAAUCCAGUCGCUGUUGUCCGUCUUCUUCCGACAUCGCCAUCAGUACCAGAGUCACUGCAACCGCGCGCUGGAAGCAGUGGCACGGUGGUUGACAGCCUUUCGAUGCCGCAGUCGAUCGCCGGCGCUGUAACGCGCACAAGUGCUAGCAGCAACGUCAGCACCAGCGGCAUCGCGGCGAGCAAGCACGGAUCCCUGCAAUCCCUGCCGCGCCCUGGGGUAGUUGCAAAUGGCCUAGCAAGCAGCGGCUUUUUCUCUGGUUUCGCCGUAGGGUGCGCUGGUCAUCAGACCGGGAGCAGCGUGGCGUUGCUGCAGCAUGGCGGCGGUAGUGGCAGCACCUUCCGCUCCAGCGGCGGCGUGGCACCGCACUCCAUGGUGUCUCUCGCUGGCAGCGUGUCUGGUGUCGAUCGCGGCGAGACCACACCGAGCGACCUCAGCUCUCUGUUCAGCAUUAACUCCGUGGAUCUGCAUGAGUUCAUGGCGGAGUUCCGCCUCGCCAAGGAGGAACACUACGGAGGCAGUGUUGACCAUCCCACCAUCACCCUGGACGAGCUCGCCUGCAUCAUUGAGUCCAGCAGCUUCCCCUGCACCGACGCGGAGGUGCUGCUGGACCUGUUUGAUGAGCUGCAGUCGUGCGCACAGUACCUCGCGGGUGUGUGGAGCCCUACUUGCCCCCCGCCAGAGGUGUCGGCCACGCGGAAACGCAACAGCUCGCCCCCGCAGCUGCAUGGAGCCCUGGGUGCUGGAAGUUUGAGCUCUGUCUCCUUCGAUGGCGCUGUGACCGCCUCAACGGCAGUUGGGGGCAGUGCUACGAGAAAACUGCGUGGAGUCGGCAACGUGAGUGGGCCGACGUGGCCGGCGGGGCGGGUGCAAGGCGCCGAGUCGUGCGUAACUGCUGCCCAUCCAUCGUCAAGCAUCGCUGCGCAAGACGUGAGCCACGGUUACGGACGACUCGCCGACGAGGCGCAGGACAAUGGUGACGUUACAGUCGGCGGCCGCACAGACGCCAAGGACGGCAAGGCCCUGGCGAUCGACAGUCGCACUUCAGAAGGACUGUCGUACGAGUCACCUGGCAGGGGUGGCAUCUACAACCCCUACAGCCGCAGCACCGCUGACGUCCUCCACGGCACCUCGCCUCUCCAGCAACAGCAAGGGAUGUUGCCGCACCCCUACCCAGACGCCAAGGACAUCGAGGACGGCGAGGCGGCGCCGAGGAUCCUCUUCGACACCCUCCUUGCACGCAUGGCCUACAAGCUCCACGGCCGGUACCCGUCCGAGGCGAUCCGCAUCGCGUUUUACGGCAUGGUGGUGGAUGAAGAAUCGGUAGCGGCUGCCUUGGAAGGCAGUGGGCGCAGUGCCGGAAUCGGUGCCGACGGCGCAUCACUGGGGGCCAACGGACGAAGUUUGCGCGGGGUCGUCUCAACAGACUCCCUCACGCCAUCAGAGGUGACCGCGAUGGGCAGCGGCAGUGCCGGAAUGGAGACGAUGAGCUACGGCACUCUCCCAAGUUGCACUGUGCCGCUCUCUCGCUGUAUUGCGGAAGGACUGUUUGCGCGACUGGGUAUGGUCGACAUGACGGCGGGCGAGCUACAACGUGGUCUCCGCAGUGCCGGGCUUCCAACAGACCAGGACGAGCAGCGUGUGUGCGAGUGUCAUCUUGAGGACUUCGCGCGACUCGUGCGCACCAUCACGGCCGUCUCCGAGCGCGGGUCCAGUGUGAGUCCGGCAAACCCCCUUCUUUCAAGUCUGCGCGAGAGUUACCUGCAGCGCGGCAGCAUCUUCACGGUAUGCAACAACAACGCCAGCGGUGGCACCGUUCCCGCCACCUCAACCCCAUGGAAGGAGUAG